AUGAUGGCGGAGUCUGCAUCGUCUCCGGCCUCGACGGCGGCGCCUUCUGCGCCUGCAGGUGCUCAGCAGGACCAAGUUCGCUGCGAGGGCUGCGGAAAUCUGGUGAAGCCCGAGCUUCUCUGCCCGACAUGCGUCCAGCUGGGCAUCCAGGGGAGUUAUUUCUGCUCUCAGGGCUGCUUUAAGGAGAACUGGAAGAAACACAAAGACGUCCACGCCGUCUUCAAACUCCUCCAAAAAAACCAUGAGCAACAAAGCCCUACAGGCACCGACCUCGCGAAAUAUGAUCCGAACGACAGAAACGCGUGGCGCAACGAUGCGCAUCUCAGGAACUUCCUCUCCUUCUCCUUCACGGGGACUUUGCGGCCUUGGCCGAUCGUCCAGUGCAUGCGAACUGUCCCCGCCCACAUCCAGCAGCCCGACUACGCGCGCUCCGGCGUCCCGCAGUCAGAAGUCGACUCCCGGAGGAAGAGCAACGUCCACGUGCACUCCGAGGAGGAAAUUCAGCGUUUGCGCGAGACGUGCCUCUUAGGCCGACGCGCACUCGACUACGCGCACAGCCUGGUGAAACCCGGUGUCACUACGGAGGAAAUCGACGAGAAGGUCCACGCAUUCAUCGUCGAGAACGGCGCGUAUCCUUCACCGCUGAAUUACCAACAAUUUCCAAAGUCGUGCUGCACGUCGGUCAACGAGGUUAUCUGCCACGGCAUCCCAGACUUCCGACCUCUCCAGGACGGGGACAUUGUGAACGUCGACAUCACCGUUUACUUUAAGGGCAUGCAUGGCGACUUAAAUGAAACCUACUUCGUCGGAGAAAAAGUCGAUGAAGACAGCAAACGCCUCGUCAAAGGCGCCUACGAGUGUCUCAUGGAGGCGGUGAAGCAGUGCCGGCCGGGUAUGAUGUACCGCGAAGUGGGGCGGAUUGUUUCCGACGUCGCUGACAAAUACAACUUGUCGGUGGUUCGCUCCUACUGCGGUCACGGUAUCGGGGAGUUGUUUCACACGACGCCAAAUGUUCCGCACUACAGAAAAAACAAAGCAAUCGGGGUGAUGAAGCCUGGACACGUCUUUACGAUAGAGCCGAUGAUCAACUUGGGCAAGUCUGGAGACGUUUUAUGGCCGGAUAACUGGACUGCAUGCACCGUCGACGGCCAGCGGUCGGCGCAGUUCGAGCACACGCUUCUCGUCACAGAAGAGGGAGUGGAAAUCCUCACAAAGAGACUUCCCUCGUCGCCAUCCCUUGACUUCGACACCGCAGGCUACGAUCAUCCUUAG